CUACUCCCCCCCUCCCCUUUAUAUCUCAACUCUUCUCUCCUUCUCUUACUAAUCAAUCAAAACUCUCUAACUCUACAUACUUCUCCCAUUCUUUCUCCAUUUUUCUGGCUAGCUUCCCACACAAAUUCAAAUGGAGAUUCAAGAGAACCAAAUAGAGUCCUGGUCGGACGCUGGGAGUGCGGGAAGCAGGAGCACGCGAGUCGGAUUCAGUGGGCCGUUAGUGACCAACAAGAGGAACAGCAGCAAAAAGAGCGCCAGGUUCAAGGACGAGGACGAUGAGUACGUUGAAAUAACGUUGGACGUCAGGGAUGACUCCGUGUCUGUACAGAACAUCCGGGGGGGUGACUCCGAGACGGCGUUGCUGGCGGGCCGUCUGGAGAAGAGGCCGUCGUCGACGUCGCUAGGGUCUCACUUGUCGUCCCGGUUUAGACAGGUGUCGCAGGAGCUGAAGCGCAUGACUUCUCUGAAGAAGUUCGACAGGGUGGACAGGACUAAGUCAGGAGCUGCUCGUGCUCUCCGAGGUCUCAAGUUCAUGACCAAGAAUGUCGGGACUGCUGGUUGGUCUCAGGUUGAGAAGCGCUUUGAUGACUUGGCCGUCGACGGAAAGCUACCCAAAACUCGCUUUGCCCAGUGCAUAGGGAUGAACGAGUCGAGUGAGUUUGCUGGUGAGCUAUUCGAGGCAUUGGCUCGUCGAAGAGGCAUAGUAUCGGCUUCCGUAACAAAGGACGAGCUUCGUGAAUUUUGGGAACAAAUUACGGAUCAGAGCUUUGAUUCACGAUUGCAAACGUUUUUUGAUAUGGUCGACAAGGACGCGGACGGGCGAAUUACCGAAGAGGAAGUGAAAGAGAUUAUUGCCUUAAGUGCCUCCGCUAAUAAAUUGUCGAAAAUAAAAGAACGUGCGGAAGAAUAUGCGGCCCUUAUUAUGGAGGAGCUGGAUCCCGACAACUUGGGAUACAUUGAGUUGUACAACUUGGAGACCCUGCUUCUGCAAGCUCCAGCACAGUCAACGCACAUAACGACGGACAGCAGAGUGCUGAGUCAAAUGUUGAGCCAGAAGCUGGUCCCCACCAAAGAGUACAACCCGAUCAAGCGGUGCAUGAGUGGGAUAGCCUACUUCGUGGAGGACAAUUGGAAGAGGAUUUGGGUCAUAGCUCUGUGGAUUUGCAUCUGUGCGGCCCUCUUCGCUUGGAAGUUCGUUCAGUACAAGAACAGGGCCGUCUUCCACAUAAUGGGCUAUUGUGUCACCUCCGCUAAAGGCGCCGCCGAGACUCUUAAAUUCAACAUGGCCCUCAUUUUGUUGCCUGUCUGCAGAAACACCAUCACCUGGCUUCGAAGCAGGACCAAACUAGGAGCCAUCGUACCAUUCGAUGACAACAUCAACUUUCACAAGGUGAUAGCUUUUGGCAUUGCGCUUGGGGUUGGGACGCAUGCGAUAUCGCAUUUGGCGUGCGACUUCCCGAGGUUGUUGCACGCGACGGACGCGGAGUACGAGCCGAUGAAGAAGUACUUUGGGGAAGAGAGGCCCAACAAUUAUUGGUGGUUCGUGAAGGGGACGGAGGGUUGGACCGGGAUCGUCAUGGUGGUGCUUAUGGCCAUAGCCUUCACAUUGGCCCAGCCUUGGUUCCGCCGCAACAGGCUAAACCUCCCCAAGCCCCUCAAGAAGCUCACCGGGUUCAACGCUUUUUGGUACUCUCACCACCUUUUCGUCAUCGUCUAUGCCCUUUUCAUCGUUCACGGUUACUACCUGUACCUCUCCAAGGAAUGGUACAAGAAAACGACGUGGAUGUAUCUCGCCGUUCCAAUGAUCUUAUACGCAUGCGAACGCCUCAUUCGCGCUCUCAGAUCCGGCUACAAAUCUGUCAAAAUCUUGAAGGUUGCAGUAUACCCGGGAAACGUAUUGGCUUUGUACAUGUCUAAACCUCAAGGAUUCAAGUACAUGAGUGGCCAGUAUUUAUACGUUAAUUGUUCAGAUGUCUCCCCAUUCCAAUGGCAUCCCUUCUCUAUCACAUCGGCUCCAGGAGACGACUAUGUGAGCGUUCACAUUCGAACUCUGGGAGACUGGACAUCACAGCUCAAAGCCGUUUUCGCCAAGGCAUGCCAACCAGCAAAUGAGGGCCAGAGCGGUCUUCUACGAGCAGACGUCUCAGCAGGCAACAAUAUACCAAGGAUGCCCAAGUUGUUGAUUGAUGGGCCAUAUGGAGCACCAGCACAAGACUACAAAAGCUACGAAGUCCUUCUUCUGGUAGGACUUGGAAUUGGAGCCACCCCAUUGAUUAGCAUACUCAAAGACGUGCUCAACAACAUGAAGCAACAGCAAGACAUAGAAGUGGGAGAGAUAGAGAGUGGGGUCAAGAACAACAAGAGGAAUAAGCCUUUCGCUACCAAGCGAGCCUAUUUCUACUGGGUGACUCGUGAGCAAGGUUCCUUUGAAUGGUUCAAGGGUGUGAUGAACGAGGUGGCAGAGAACGACAAGGAUGGACUCAUCGAGCUUCAUAACUACUGCACCAGUGUGUACGAAGAAGGAGAUGCUCGAUCAGCUUUGAUCACUAUGCUUCAAUCUCUUCACCAUGCUAAGAGUGGUGUGGAUAUCGUUUCAGACACAACGGUCAAGACCCAUUUUGCUAGACCCAAUUGGCGCAGUGUCUUUAAACGCGUCGCUCUUAAACACACUGACAAGAGAGUUGGUGUUUUCUACUGUGGAGCUCCGGCAUUGGUUGGUGAACUGAGAAGGCUUUCUCAGGACUUUUCCAGGAAAACCAGCACUAAGUUUGAUUUUCAUAAAGAGAAUUUUUAGACUAUUUUUUUACAGUUCAAUAAUUCUUUUAAAUUGUAAAAUAUAUAUAAUCGUAUGUAGCUGGUGCUUUUCUUUUCUAUUUUUCUUGUAGGUAGGUAUGAGAAGUUGCAAUUGAUGCGUUUAUCCUCUAUGUACAUGUAUGGUGAAAUAGCAUAAUGUCUUGAUGUUGUAUGAUUCCACUGAAUCAAGUCAAUCAAUUGAAAAACUUCAGCGAA